ACUUCCCUCACUUGCUUGCGUACUCACGCCUCCUCGACCACUCCCGCGGCGGAGAGCAGCAUCAAUGCAUCCUUUGCUACCAACGCGUCUACCACUCCCACUGCAGCGAUGCUCUCUGCUUCAUCCAACCAUGUCACAGAGGAGAGCAUUACAGGCGCAUCGGGUCGCGUCUAUCGAAUCGAAAAAAUCCUCCAAGACAAAGGCCAUCCACUCACCAAAGUCUAUCGCGCAAAGAGCGACGGCAUGACCAACGACUUCGUGCUGAAAGAGAUUUCGCAAGAAUGGGACGUACGUCUGGGAAUCUACGAACGCAUCGGCAACAAUUGUCCGUAUCUGCGCAACCUCGUCGAUACUAUUCCCGAACGUCAGAUGUUUGUGUUUGAGUAUCUGGAAGAUAAUUUGUUGCUUCUUGCUCGUCAAGAAGAUGAACAACCACCGGUACCUCCGUCGGCGAUGAAGUAUAUUCUAAAAUGUAUCCUGAAAGGGUUGGCGGAGUUGCAUUCGAAGGACAUCAUUCAUAAUGAUAUAAAAGCAAACAACAUCAUGAUCCAAUUCUCCUCCCGCGCGCCCGAAUGGAAAGUCGCAAAAGUCCAACUCGUCGAUCUCGAAGACGCACAUUAUACACCUCCUCCCGCUGCGCUCGGAGGCGCAUGGGUAGGGAAUAUCAUGUGGCGAAGUCCCGAAGCACAUGCCAUGGGCCCUAUUCGCAAGUCUUCGGAUAUGUGGUCUUUUGGUCUCGUGUGUCUCUACGCCAUCACCCGCGUCCUCCCCUUCGCAGUAGACAAGGCAUCCUUACCAAAAGAUGUAGAGCCACUGGCCAUCAUCAUCUCCCGCCAAAUAUCCUACUUUGUAGAGGCAGAUGAUUUCUGCGCGUUCAUCAACUAUCUCGAGCCCGAUAGUCCCUGGGUCCAAGCGUUCAUGGAGACACUGAAGGAGUUCACCAAGGGAGGCAAACCGUUCAAACCUUUUCGUAUGUGGAAGCAUUAUGAGAGGUUUGGGCAGCCGGAGAGUUUGAGAGGGUUGAUUGGGGAGAUGGUGAGGUUUGAUCCUGAUAAGAGGUUGACGGCGGAGGAGGCGUUGGGGCAUGAGUGGUUUCGGGAGGGGGAGGGGGGUUAGUUUAUUGUAUUAUAUUGUACUGUUCUUUUUUUUUUUGUGUGUGUAGGAUUAGAAGGGAGAGGGAUUGUGAAAUCUCCGCUUUGUACUGACUGACUAGCGAGGAAGG